AUGCACCUUCCCCCGCUAGAUGUUGCCGUCUAUCCCCUCGUUACCAUGAGCCGUGGUACCUAUGCUGUUCAAGCAAGUCGGCCAUCUUCCACCCUCUCCUCGUCCUCGUCAUCUUCAUCAGCAUCUUCACGUACCCGCACGGCGACGCCUGAUUUCCCAAGCAUACAAAGAAUAAUAAGAAGCGUCUUUCGGUCAUCAAAGAUCACUGUAUACCAGGCAGAAUGUCUCGCGGCUUCCUUACACCAAGUGUUCCUCACUCGACUUGCAGACGGCAGCUGUCUCGUACUCAAAUGCCCGCCAUCGCACACUGCUGUCCGCCUCCUUCGGCAUGAGAAGCAUCUUCUCGAGACCGAGCGCAAAACGCUGGAAACGCUGCGAGAAUACACUCAACUCCCCGUUCCGCAACUGAUCAAGCACGACAGUACCGGGGGGGCGCUCGGAAUCCCUUUUCUAAUGAUAAGUCAUGUGCCAGGACGCAAACUAUCAGAGAUCUCGCCAUACCUCACAAAGGAGGAACAAAAGACGAUAGACCGGACCUUGGGCUCCUAUGUUCGCGCCCUCACCUCGCUCUCCGCAACACAAUUCGGCAUGACACACCGUGUCUUCGCCAAAAAGGGCAGCAAUUCCUGGCGGGAGGCCUUCCUUGCACUUCUUGAAGCCGGGCUUCGUGAUGCUGAGGAUAUGCUGGUCACUAUCCCGUACGAUAGCAUACGAUAUUACAUUGGAAAGCACGCAGAUUUCCUGGAAGAUGUUAGGGAGCCUCGUCUAGUAGCGCUAAACGUCUGUGACCCAUCAAAUGUACUCAUUGAUGAGGAGAGUAAGCGCGUCACCGGACUUGUCGGCUUCUCAAAUGUCAUAUGGGGUGAUCCGCUUAUGACUGGAGGAAUUGCCGAGGGCACUGAGGCCUUCUUCGAGGGUCUGGGCGAGUGCCCCAUGACGACAGGUGGGAUACGUGCAAGGCUGUUGAUGUACACGGCAUAUAGAGCCAUCAUCAGCAUCGUCACACACCACUACCGAGCGCAUCUUGGCAUCAAUGAACUCGAAGCGCGUCGUCAGCUUUCCUAUGCGCUGAAUGAGCUCGCAGCGAUGUGA